AUGGAAAUCACUCCGGAAAUGGACGCGAAUCAAAGACAGCGUCAGAUCGCCGCCAUCCUCGCUCAUCACGCAGAAGGAUUGAACUUUAUCAACGUUGACGGAGUCUUGGAAGACAUUAGGGCCGCAGAUGUCAUCGAACAUCACGAGUUCUUCAAGAUCAUUCGCAAGGACAUAUGUUUUUUUCAAGACAAGGAAGCCCUUCAGCACGGCGACUUUCCUCUACUCCGUAAGAGCCAGUAUGAAGAGCUGACCUCGUCUAACUCUCAAGGCGCCGCUGCGAAAUCUCGCAGAGCGACUGCGACUGCUUCUGAGAACAGCCAGUCACGAGAGAAAGCAGCGCUGACCCCGUCAAACCCACAAGGCGCAGCUGGGAAGCCAUACAGAGCGACUACACCUGCUUCUCAGUACAGCGAGGCACAAGCAUCAAAUUCUGACUACAUGGGUGAGAAAGCACCUUCUCAAAUACAGAUAAGCGAGGACCUGAAAACAUGGGACAAAAUCAGAGCGAAUCGUCGGAAACUUCGGGAUGAAUAUAACGUUGAUGUUGAGGAGUUGCUGCGAUGUUUGAGCGACAGGAACGUCUUCACUGCCCACGAGGAGAAGCAGAUCCGAAGCAAAGAAAAUCCGAAGCUGCUUUAUGACGAGCUCUUCGAAAUCCUCCUGCACAAGAACCCAAAAAAAUACGCUCCUGUUUUCCUCGACGCACUCACUGUUAUUGGAAGGCAAGAUGUCAGGGAUUUCUUGCUUUCCGAAGUGGAUAAGAUGCCGGCAUAGUAUAUGUAUUUUCUCCGUCGAAAACUUACUGAUUGGUCUGGCAACUCAAAUU